AUGGCUGGUCCCGGUGGUGGUCCCCCUCGCCGCAGCCACACCAAGUCCCGCAAGGGCUGUGAUACCUGCAAACGCCGACAUAUUCGCUGUGACGAGAACUUCCCUCAAUGCCGCAAUUGCACCAAGCACAAGAUCCGAUGUCCGUACAACGACGUCCAAGUUCCCGAUGCCGAACGUUCUACCACUCCCGACAAGCCCGAUCUGAUGUGGACGCCUCAAAUUGAAGCCGCCAUCGCCGAGUGGCAGAGAACCGGAAUCUGGCCGCUUCCUAGUCUGGGAAUCUACCCUGCUCCCAUGCCACAUAUGUAUUCGGUUGAGGACCUCCGUUUGAUCUACCACGUUGCACUUUUGUACUAUCAACUGGCAACUAUCGAUGCUAACAACUUCACCCUCUGGACUCGCCAUAUUCCAACUCUUCUUCGAAUCGGUGCCACAACCCCUUAUGUGAUGCACGCUUUGCUUGCUUUUUCUGCUGAGCACAUUGCCUUUCUCACAGAUUGCCCGCUGGUGGGCAGUAUGGCCUAUGAGCAUCGAGGCAUUGCCCUCAAGGGUUUGCAAGAGGCCAUCGGAUCUUUCUCCCGCGAGACCUCGGAUGCUAUUUUGGCUGCCUCUCUUGUUCUCUCUUGGCAAGCCACUGACUGGCGCAGCUGGACCCAACUGAUGCAAGGCACCUCAUCGGUGAUCGAUGCUAUGGACCCGUGGAAGCACGAAUCUCAAUUUGGAGACUUCAUCGCCGAAAGCAGCACAUUCCCUACGGCCCCGCCAUCUCCAGGAAAGGACCAUCGUCCUAGCCAGCCUCGCCCUGAGGAUUUGGAAGCUUACCAACGCACGCUUGAGCAGGUUCAAAAGGUUGAAGCACACCUCAAGCAUUACAAGGAGGAUACUACUCAGAUCCAGCAUCUCAUUGGCUUCCUGCGGGGCUCGCGCAAGAUCAGCCCUACGCUCUCCAUUGCCCAACAGUUUGAGCGUCUUCAGCCUCUUCGCAAAUGGCUCUUUUGGAUGCCUGUCGGUUAUUUGCAAAACUAUCAUGGCUCCCCCAACUCGCUGAUCAUCAUCGCCCAUCUAUACACUGUGGCCCUGCUCAUGGAACGUCUCUUCCCUGAGAUCGGUGCUGCUUACUUUGGCAGCUUAUCCAUCUCGCCUGUUGAGGAGAUUGCUCGACGGCUCAUGUCGAUCAAUGUCUCUGGAAGUGAAAUGCAGACUCCUUUGACUCUCAUGGAGUUUCCUAUUGAUACAGUCGGGCAGUUUCGGUCGCGCAUGGGAUGGCUGCACCCCGAGAGAACUCCAUCGUUCCCUCAAUUUAACCCUCGCAAUUUCACAGUCCAGGAGGAGAUGUCUACUCAUGAGUCAUAUCUGUACGGCAACCCUGCUUUCAGCUAUAGCACCGAGGAGAUGCCAAUGCUCAACGCAUCGGGACCACCUCCGUCUGCUGUGAGCCCACUGAUCUUGUCCCCGUAUCCAACUCAGCAGUACCUCAACGUGCCUUCUCCGGCGUAUAACGGAUCCUACAGCCCGGCAUCUUCGACUUUCGAGGGCUCUGUUGCUUACAGCGACACGGAGGAAUACGGAACAUGGGACAUGAACACUCUGCAGGGCGGACCAGCCUCCAGCAUUCAGGAUUCCCCUCAAAACUAUGGCGUCGGGUUCGUUACUCCUGUCCAGGCCGUGUGGAUCUAG